CAGCUGACGGGAUGGAUUGAUUGGUAAAGAUGGAGAGAGGCAGAGGAGGAGGAGGAGGAGGAGGAAGGAGUGUGGGGGGCUCUGGCCUACACAGGAGCAUUUACUCCCAGUCCCAGCAGCAGUAUCAUUAUCCUGCCUCCUCUUCUCAGGCGGGCUGCAUGGAGAUCCAGGAGCUGGCCUCCAAAAGAGUGGACAUCCAAAAAAAGAGGUUUUAUCUGGAUGUGAAGCAGAGUUCCCGAGGCCGCUUCCUGAAGAUAGCCGAAGUCUGGAUAGGAAGAGGCAGGCAGGACAAUAUCAGGAAAAGCAAGCUGACUCUCUCCUUGUCUGUGGCUGCUGAGUUGAAGGAUUGUCUGGGAGACUUCAUCGAACACUAUGCCCACUUGGGCCUGAAAGGCAGCCAGAGUCACCGGAAUGAUCACUCUAAUGGCUCUAAAGAGCAAGAUUCGCGAAGGCGGCAACAUCACCACUUGCCGUCCCCUCCAGCAUCUGUUGGAUCUGAAGAGCAUCUUCAUAGUGUCUUAAAAACUGAGUAUAUUGAAAGAGACAAUAGGAAGUAUUACCUAGACCUGAAGGAAAAUCAACGUGGGCGUUUCUUAAGAAUUAGACAGACCUUGAUUAGAGGACCGGGCAUGAUAGGAUAUUUUGGUCACAGUUUGGGACAAGAACAGACUAUUGUUCUUCCAGCACAGGGAAUGAUUGAGUUCAGGGAUGCUUUGGUCCAGCUCAUUGAAGAAUAUGGUGAAGGAGACAUAGAAGAACGGAGAAGUGGAGGUGAUGAGCCUCCUGAACUCCCAGAGGGGACUUCCUUCAGAGUGGACAACAAGAGGUUCUACUUUGAUGUGGGGUCUAACAGGUAUGGUAUUUUUUUGAAGGUAAGUGAAGUGAGACCUCCAUACCGUAACACCAUCACUGUCCCAUACAAAGCAUGGACAAGAUUUGGGGAAAACUUUAUCAAGUAUGAAGAGGAAAUGAGGAGAAUUUACAACGGCCAUAAAGAGAAAAGAAUGGAUGUCAGAGGGGACAGUGGUGAAGAACAAGAGGGCCUUGAUUAGAAUGUAUUUCAACAGGCCAAGCAGCAAAAGAGAAAAUUGGCUAGAGGUACUGAUAUACAGCAUUUGGAAGAAGCUGCCUUUCUUUUGUAAGUUCUUCCCUAUUGUUAGUAAGUAACUCCAAUAGACAUAAUACUUCAAAGGGUCUGGUUAUUAUGCUAAAUUAUACCCAGUAACAUCUCUCUGAUUCUUACAGACAUAGUUAACCACCCAAGUUUAAAUGAUUCUGAUACAUAACCUCUAAAAGACUAUGAAAUUAUGUAUAAUAGUACUAAAUCUGUUGGUAUGACCUCUUAAAGAAUCUGUAUAAGGUUUGCAUUGCACUGUAAGGUGAUACAAGUAAGCCAGAUGGAUUUAAUAUCUUCUAAUAUUAACCAUAGAGCAUUUAUGACCAAAACUGAUAUUUAAAUUAUAAAUACUUGUUUUGGGAAAGGCACCUUAAGUAAGUGUCUGCUGGUUACCUUCUGAUAAAAAUCUUGAGUGGGGGAGGGGAAAUCAAACCUCUGUAUUGUAUUGGCCAGUAAUUAAUGUUAUGGUUAAUUGUGUGAUAACCCAAUAAUAUGUGUCUGUCCUGGUAACAUAAAUCCACCUUUGAUUUAAAAGGUUGUUUCAAAUUAAUGUUGGUCAUGAAUCAUUCAUUUUUAUGGACAGCUUACAUCUUUUGAGGAGAGUUUAUUUAAAUAGUGUUACAAAUUUUUCAAAAGCUAUUUUUAUAUUUGUGGUGCAAAGGGAUUCCAGCAAGUUGCUGUGAUGUGGGAAUUUGGUAGGUGAGUUAUGGUUGGGAUUGACUCUCUGAAUAGGGAGGCUAAAUGCAUGCGUGAUGUGGAAAAGUAGAAGAACUUUUGUUUUUUUCUGUAUACUUUGAAAAAAUGCCUUGAGAGAUUUUGGUGCAUCACUUAAUUGGUAUCAAAUGAUUUCACAUUGGUGCUGUUGAAGCAUUCUCUAACAGCCAUCAGCACUUCCCUGUAUUAACCUUGCCUUUUAAAAUAUUUUAGCAUUCAAAAUUAUUAUUUUAUUAAAGAAAAUUUAAUUCCAUAAAAACAGAUUUUAAUCUGGGGUCCGGGAGUUUUGUCUUUGAACCGCUGAAGCUUGUGCUUUAGACCUUAAUACUGUGCAAUUAUUGCAGUGUUAAACAUUCCGUUUUACGCAUUCAGAAAUGCAACCACACUGAAGUUUUCCAUCAGAGGGACUCUCUGCAUGUAUUAGUUUUCUUACUAUUGAAAUAGUAAUUACUUUUCAUAUUCAGAUGCUUGAUUAUCCAAACUAAGUUGUAACUUUAGCUUUGAUUUUAUCCAACUUAUAUUUUCUAUUUCAGUACCUCCUUAUAUGUAAGCAAUGCUCUUUCCCCCAUAUUGCCCUGAGACGUAUGUGAAGGGGGAGAGCAUAGCCUGACAUUUAAUUUGGUCCCCAAAGUUGUCAAAAUAGUUCCAUUUACAAACAAAAAGGGGGGAAAUGAGCUAGCACCAAAAUCACCAAAGGAACAUUAGAAAGAUGUGUUACUGUUGUGACAAAAGAGAAGCGUUGACUUUAAUUUCACUGUUUUAGGUGAUUUUCCCUAAUCUAAGUGAUUUGUACCUGCGAUUUGUCUAGUGUACUUAAAAAAAAAAAAGCAGCUAAUGAAUAAUGUCUAAUUUAAACGUUAAGAUGCUUUAUUUGGUUGUUUUUUAUUACCUGCUGGGCCAUGAAAGGCUACAAAAAUUCUGGCUCAUGCAUUAAGUGAUGUCCCAAGGGUGUCGGAAGUGAUAAAAGUGUCCUGUGUACUGUUGUUGGUGGCAGAGGUAUAGUGAAUAGUGUAGGCCUAAAUUACCAUAUUGUUGAUUUGCUGCUGCACGUCUCAAUGCCUGUACUAGUGGCAAUAUUGUCAAGGGAUUCCAGCAUAUGGGAUCUGUGAAUGUAGGAACUCCUGAUGCUCACAUUCUCCUAAUCCCUGUAUUGAUAAGGGGGAUUUCUCCCAUCCACUUACAACAAAUUUAAUUUUAAAGUAAUACUUGUAUCGAUCUGCAUUCUUUCAUUGGAACUUUGCACUGCCCUAUUAAGUACAUUUUGCAGAAAUCAUCUUGCGCUCGCCUGAUCAACUUUUAAUGGAGAAAGGAAUACUAAUUAUAUGACUAAAUAGUGAUGAAGAAAAUACAGCUUUUCCAUCCGCAAACUACAGAUACUCGUAUUAGUUAACAUAUUGGCUUGUGUAAAUUUGUGUCACUAUUUUUAGUCGGUUUUUGGAUUAAUAAAGCAAGUAUCCCAUGCUCAGCUGGUGGUUAUUGUCACCUGCCAGUUUCUUUAUUCCCUUUCUGUCAAAUGGGGUCCUGUUUGCAUACGUCUACAAGCGCAGGUUGCCAUGUUAACCAAAUCAACGAAUGCACUUAAGUGAGCAUGUGGGCAUCUGAGAUUGACUACACGUGAGCCUUAAACUUGCCACCUCCUAUAUAGAGUAGACAUACUGGUUUUGGCUUAUCCAUAGGAAGUACUAAUUUUAUUUCACAUCUUCAGUUUCAGGAGUUAUAUAGUCAAAAUAAGCCAAGAGCUUAAAUGGUGAUUUGGGAAAGAGUUUCUCUUUACAUCAAGCAGUGGAUCCCCAUCUUUGGAGAGUGGCAAUAGCAUGUUGCUUGUUUGCAGGAGGGUCUGUGACAAUGUAAAGAAAUAGUCUUUGCAUCCCCAAAAUGCCACGUCCCUUAAACUUGAGAAAAACACAAGCUUAUUUGCACUAAAAAAAAAAAAAAAAAGCAUGGCCAAAAACAAUUCCAGGAGGACAGGGUGGCUGAAAUCCCAUCUGCACCUCUUGAGCGAUCUGUUCUCAUGAGAGAAUUUUACACGAAAGCCCUGACCUCUCUUCUAAAACUGUAUGGUCCAGACAGAAAGUCUGUCAGUUUUGUGAUUUCAUAAUAAUGCACUUUAUAUUUUAUAAACAAUAGAAGCACAUUUCUGCUACUGGUCUGGUACAGUGUGUUUCAGUAUAACGUAUAGGCUACGUCAGUAUAAAAACGGCCUUCUGCAUGCAUGUCUGUCAGUGAUCUAAUAUUACAUUGGCAUGAUGGAGAAGAAUAGGCACUAUGUUGAAAUUAAUUUCAAAAUGCCUGUAUGUUUCAGAAAUGUUGGGUAUUCUCUGACUCCAGCUGAAUUUGAGGAUAAUCGACAUUUUUGAAAGUCAAACUGCAAAUGUGUUUCAUUUUACAAGUAUUUUAUUCCUACAGUUGACCUGGGUUAAGUAAAACGGUCUCAUUUGUGGUUUGGUUGCAUAAUCCCCCUCCUCCCCUAAAACGUUAUUUUAGGGGGCCUGGGUUUCAUGCAGCUUUUACAGGUUUGUAGGAGGCCACUUGUGCUGAUUCUCUCAACUUAAUGUUAACUUGUGGGAGGGAUUUUUGCUAAAGUACAUAUCUAGAAAGAUAUUCAAAUAGCAUAAUGAUAUAAGAGAGUUCAAUAAUACAUUUAGAGUAACUAGGACGUACCGUAUAUAGCACAUUGCACCAAUUUUGGUUAAACCAACAACUUGGUGAAAUGCAAGGAAGUUUUAGGUGAAAAUUUUACAGAAAUGCUGUCCUUGUUCUUAUGCCCAGAACAAUGGGAAGCAAAUAUAUCUCAUAUGUUAAAACCUGAAAGGCUUAAGAAGUAGAGCUGUGUAGGAUACUAUUUCACAUUAGUAACAGCAUACAUGUGUAUUUAAGGGGGGAAAGCCCUAUGCUUUAAUAAUACUACUCUGAGGUCCGGUUCACAGUGCCCUUUCUCUUACAUGCAAGCAGUCCUGCGCCAUCCUCAUUGAAGCACUUGCUCAUACUCACCAAGUAAAAAGUAACAUAUGCACCAGUACACACCAGUACCGUGAACAGUUACUUUGGUUUCCCAAUGACCACUAUGAGGAGAGCUGCUGUCGGCUGUGUUCACGCACCUUUUUUACACAGUAGGCAGUUGAGGACCAUCUGCAUGUAGGGGGAAAAGUACAGUGUGAACCGAUCCUAAGAUGUUAAUAUAUCUGAUUAUAUAUAGAAAUUAAUGUUUGCAGCAACUGUAUCUGUAAUGUAUUCAUAUUAUUGUAUAUUAAUCAGUUCUCGGUGAAAUAUUUUUAUCUUGAUUCUCUGCCCAGUUUUAAAACCAGCUUUCGCUAAGCAGAGAUAUCAGGUAAACGUUUAGUUCACCAAGCUGUUUAAUCUAUUAGUUAUUCCUCAUUUUCAAAAUAAUACAUUUAAAAAUGUUUUUAGUAGAUUUUGGUACAGAAUUCAGAGAGGCAGGCCUCUCACUAGAGUUGGGAAAAAAAUAGCAGGGAAAAGUAAAAUGGCUCCUUAAUGUGAAGAAAGGACUGUAAGACGUGGUAUGAAGAUCUAGCAUUGGAUAUAUAUAGUGUUUCAUGUAAUAUUUUAACUGCAAGUUGCAAAUGCUACUGAUAUUUAUAUGAAACAAAUUUAACCUCAAAAACAGACAUCAACUAAUUUAAAACUGGUGGUUUUAUAAAAUUAUUCAAAACAUCAAUAUGGUAUUUCUUUGGGGUUGUAAGAGGGUUUUGGUGUUAUAUGCAUGUUAAUGAAAUUAUGUGCGUUUUUCCCCUUAACGGUUUAUUAAAAUGGCUUAAUUACUCUAUAAAGAUGAGAGCCAGCAUGGUUCAGUGGCCUGAUGUCCAUUUACUGACAAGCCUGUUAGUGGAAACUGUAGUAAUUUUGUGCAGUAGCAACAUGUUUGUUUUAUUGUUUAGUCCCACUGUAGAUUAUCUACAGUUUGAGGAAAUGAAUUGAACUGUUUAUAGUUCCACUGUGCUGAUACAGAUACAUAUGUACACUAUAAGUGUGCAUUUUAAUAAUUUUACGUGUUGUUUUCUGUUGUAUUGUUUGAAAUGAAACUCAGUUUUUCCAUGUCAUGGCUUUCAAAAUCACUUUUGUUUCCUAAAUACAUUCUGUAAUUGUAAACUAGAAUAAGGUACUGUGCCUGCAGUCCUAAAAACACUUUCCUGAGAGUAAGCCUCACUGAAUAAAACAAAACUUGCUUCUAAGUAGACUUGCUUAGGAUUGCUCCCUGCGUUUGGUUAAUUGGUUAAAUUAGAUUUAAACGGCAUAAUUCUCAGUAAGGUCCCGUCUUUGGAGUUAAUCCAUUGCAGUAACGUACUCUAGUCCUAGGCAAUUCUGCCAUCAUAUCUGCUUCCUAAUGAAAAAAAAGCAUCCUUGUGAUGGCAAUAUAACACAAAUAUUUGUGAUACUAGCCUAGCAGAAUAGUUUGUAAGGCCUCACUGGAAACAUUUCUUUGCUGGUGACAGGAAACCCAAAUCUCAUAUGAAUUGUAAACCAUAAUAGAGUUAAAAUCAGCCUUCCUAUAUCAAUAUCAGUUGACUCAGAAACAUGGUAGAAGUGCAUUUAAAAUUGCCUUUCUGAUGUUCACUCAUCAGAAACCUGAUGAUUGUGCAUUUAGAAUUGCCUUUCAGUUUUAAAUGCACACCAAGAAUGGAAGAAAGGCUGAAUUCAUCCUGUUUUAGAAUCAACCAUUACCUAGUUUAAAUUAAUUAAUCAGUAGAUCAAUAACAAUUUUGGGAUUCACACUGUUAGAUUGUAUGACAUCUACAUUAACUGUGUCAGAUAUGUCUGACAUAUUAGCACAAUAUUCUUGACUAAAUUUCCGUAAGUAAAUCCUAUCUAUCUAUCUAUCUAUCUAUCUAUCUAUCUAUCUAUCUAUCUAUCUAUCUAUCUAUCUAUCUACCUACCUACCUACCUACCUACCUACCUACCUACCUACCUACCUACCUACCUAUAAGUUGCAUUCCUGCCACAAUUUCUGAAAUAAUUCUAUUACUGUCAUUAAGACUUCUCAUCUGAACAGAAUAGUUUUUUGCAGAUCAAAACAAUUAAUUUUAAAAGCAAUCCUAUGUGCAAGUUUUAACACUAACAAAACCAUUCUAAAUCUUGACAAUUUCCCCCCUUUUUGAGAUAGAUGCAUGUAGUAUGUUUCAAAUACUAUAUUGUGUUCUUACUUAUUUUUUAAAACGUGGAUACAUCUCUCUUGAUAGCAUUUGUACAUUUUAAAUGUAACAUAAAACAUAGCCCUAAAAUGAUGGAUAGCUAUCAGAAUCUCAUGGCAGCUCCCACAUUCCCAUCUCCCCAUCACGUAUAGCAGAUUGACUGCAUGCUGUCGGCUUGUGCGUCUUGUUUUCCUUCCUCCCCUCUCAUGCAUGAACUCUCCUCUGCCUUCUGUAAUUUACUUUCAUUAUAUGUUCUUCCAUCUGCAUUGCCAUUAAUCAUGGUGUACAUCAACACAAACCAUGGUUAAUGCUAACCACAUUUCUUUGUAACUAUGGUUUGUAAACCCACUCCAAACCUAGAUUUCAAGGGAUGCCACACCAUAGUCAAAGCAAAGCAUGUAAGGGAGAGAGGAUUUGUUUGCGGGGGUGGGGCAGGGAACACAUGAACCCAUAGUACAUCUGUACCAUAUUACUGUGUUUUGAAGAAGAUGCUAGAGAUGUAGAUCUUUUCCUCUAUUUCACAAACAAUGUAUUUUGGAUGAGGGGAGAUUUUUUUUUUGUUCAUUUUGCCAUUCCUAGCAUUCUUCUCUUAUAUCAUAUGUAAUAGUUUGGGCUUGGAUUUCUUUCAUGUAAGGUGAAAAUUGACAUGUUAGCAGCAUUUACUGCCAGCUCUGGUGUGUAAAACCAGUUCAGCUGGAUUCUUUGAAAUUAGAUGAUUUUAAAAAAUCAGAGCAGAAAAUGGAGGUUCUGUGAAGCUGCUAAAACAUUUAUACAGCAAAACCACACUAACAUUUGCAAAAUACAGGAAACUUGACUAGGAAGCAAACAUGUUCUCUUCAUUAAUGCCAAAAAAUGUAUAGCCUUUCACCGAUUCCCCCCCCCCACACACACACACCUUCUGUGCUGCUUCAGAAAGUAAAAAAAAUAAUUUGGUUUUUAAGGGAACGUGGGCGUCUGCUUCUGCUGUUGACCCCUACGCACUUUGUCCAGCACUUAGGGCCCUAGACUGAGAUAAAUAUAUCUGAUGUGUGGAAUGUAUAUUAUAAUUCACUGAGGGUUUUUGUGGCAGCAAUGAAGCCUCUGGCACUGAUUUGCUGAGCAGUGCUAAUACUGCAGAGGCUGAGUUAGCAAUGAUAUCACAGUCUGAGCAUCAGAGGGGGACUCUUUGGGAAGAAGGAGCUUAGAGUAGGGAUUGCUGAAGAACAAGGAAAAGGAAGAGGAAGGCUAAGACCAGGUGGGGGUUGGGGGGAGGCCAGCAUUUAGACAAGGGCCAUUUAAAGAAAGAUGAGCAGAAGAAGCAGCAGUGGGUAAAGUGAGAAGGAACCAAAGGAAAAAAGACUGGAGAAGAGAGUUCUUCAAAGGAAUGAGAGGAAAAGGAGGGACAGAGGGAGGAGAUGUGGGCAAAUAACAGGCCUCGGAAAGGAGGAAUAAAAGAGAAAAUGUCCAGAAGAAUCUGGAGGGUGGCCUUGUUGGCUAUAAUUGUAGCUUCAGUCCUUUAGGGUAGACUGGGAUGAUCUGUCUGAGAUUAUUAUUGUGAAAAGAUAUGUCAGUUUUGCUUGUUCACUUUUAUUCCUGCCCCACCCCAAUAGUGUGUAUUUUCCCAGCCUCUCAUUGAAUUUUUCUAAUAAAAAAAUUAAAAUUUGGCUUUUUUGCUUAACAAGUUUCCUUUAGGUCUUUUGUUAUUUGAAUCACAUAGUGAUAUAAUUUUGAUUUGAUUUGAUGAAGAGCUUUUGGGUUAUUUAGUAAAGAACAUUGUGUUGGAGAGUGGGGCAAUCACCCCUAAUAGAAACCCCACUUCAGAGCUAAAGGAUUUUAGAAGGUUUUCAUACUACAUUAAGAAACCUACACAAGGAAAACAAUUUGUGGCUGAAUUCAACCAUAUCACUGAAAUGAUUAUGCAAGCUUGGUAGAAAGGCUAUGAAUCAGGAAAAAAAAUUUGCUACAGAAGCUGUCUUUUCUUAUUUCUAAAUAUUUAUUUUCUCCUUAUUGAGAUUUUUGUUAAACUUUAACAUCCUAUUUCUAGAUUUAUAUAUAUGCAGUUCUCUUGUUAGAGAGUAGACCUAAAGAUUUCUUAAUAUCGGGUAGCUUCCUUGAAGAUUCUUGGAUAAAAUUACCUAUUUAUAUCGUAAAAUAUAAAUUAAGAGCAGAAAGAUUUAUUUGAAUGCUUUUCAGUGUCCCAAUAUCCUUUUGGGGUGGUGGACACCAGAAGCAGUGGUUUAUCUAGGAUCAGAUAAAUUCAUACUCUUUACUAGAACUCACAGGCACCCAGUGGAAUUGAUGGGCAUCGGAUUUGGGGCAGGCCAAAGGAAGUACUUCUUCACUCAAUGAGUAAGUUGUCACGUUCACUGCCACAGGAUGUAUUUAUUUUAUUUAUUGAUUUGAUUAAUACCCCGCCCUCCCCACAGAUAGGCUCAGGGCAGCUAGUGGUGGCCACUAGUUUAGUUGGCUUUAAAAAGGAGUUAGACAAAUUUGUGAAAGAGGAAUUAGCCAUGAUCACUAAAUGAAAUCUCCAAAUUCAGAGACAGAACCCUCUGAAUACAAAGGGAGGGAGCAACGUCAGGGAGCGGCUUUUGCCUUUGCCCCGGCUGUAGGCCUUCCAAGGCGUCUGGUUGACCACUGUAUGAAUGAGGAUUCUGGACUAGAUAGGUCCUUGGUCUGUUCCAGCAUGACUUUUCUCAUACUGUUAUGAUCACAAAUGAUCAUAACAGAUUGCAGCCAUGACUACUUUGCAGCCAUGCAGAUUGCAGCCAUGCAGUCUUGUAGAUUGCAGCCAUGACUACUUUUUAUAGAUAGAUGAUAGUUGAACUCUAAACUAUAAGAUGCUUCUUGGCUCCAGUGUCCCACUUGACUUUAGUCUGCCCUUUCUGCUUUGUCACAACUGCUCUGCCCUGGAAAAACUAAUAAUCUCAAACUCAGGCAUGAGCUAAUAAUAAUUGCUGGGCAGAUCCGUGUUUUCCAUUAGAUGGAAGGACCAUUUCUUUUAUUGAUGGGUAGUAACAUACAUUUAAAACUCUAAGCCACCUGCAAAGUUUGGAUAAUUGGAAGGCAUAAAACAGGAGAAAAGGUUCGCCCAGAUAAGUGGGCGGCAUCCAUGAUAACUUGCUAGCUCCUUAUUUCCAUUAUUAAGCAUAAUGUAAGUAAAUAAAUGGUUGUAUCGUAUAACAAAUGACUUUUCCCACACCACUUUAACAAAAAAUCAGUAAGAGGGCCAAAAGUCCAGCUUUUACAGGAUGUCAUGAGAGAUUGUUAUCAUAUUGGAUAUCGGAUUUUGCAUCCUUUCUCUUGCAUCAAUGCAUUCUCUUGCCUUGAGAUAGUUUGGCCAAUGCAAAUGGAACAAGGUCAUUAAUGACCAACGACGGUGCAUAUCAUAUUAGAAGGUGUGAAAGUGAAUGAUUCUUUGAUGCUGUGGAUGAUAUAGUUUGGACACACAAUAUUGUCAACUGACUAACACUGCAAUUCUAAAAAAAAUCAUAUCCUUCUCAGUCCACUGUAGUCAGUGGGUUUAGAAAGGUAUAACUGCAAUCAAACAUACCGACCUUCAGCCUUCCAGCACUCUUUGUGACCUAUAAAACAUGCAUGAAACUGGAAAGCUUUCCUAAAUAAAUCAUUUUGGAUAAGAAUGCGAAUGAAGCCCUGCUCCUUAACAGAGACCAGUUAUCACCACAUUUUCUUCUGACGUGACCAAUCCGCAGCCGAGGCUUGAGAGGCAAGACAUUUUUACCUGAACUAGAAUAUUCCCUGCAUUAUGGCUUUCCUGAGGGCCCACAGCUGUUCUGGGAAAGGCUGCAGUGUAAGUCCUAUACCAGCGUCCCAAGAUCAAAAUCUUGCUUCAUGUGCACAUGGCAAGCUUGAAGAACAGAUGCUAGCAGACAAGUAUAUGAGCCACUCUGGUUAGAUGACUGGCUAUUGACCAUCCCUGCUACCUGAUGACUGCACCAAAGGUGUAUCAUGGAACUCCUCUUGCCGUUAGCAAACUUCAACUGCAGUCGGGAAGAAUUCCAGGAAAUCCCAAGUAUCUGCUGCCACCCCCCCCCCCUUCCCUAGGGCCAACCAGAGCCAGAGUCUUCUUAAAAGGCCCUUGAAACUCAGGCUUCUGGAUGCAGCCAAGUGGACUUGGGGGACCGAGAGCCUUGACUGAGCAAUCCCUACGGGAGGAACCAAGCCAUGCAAAUUGACAUCGCUUCCAAAGGCAUCUUCUCCCUCAGUUAUAAUUCCAGAAUACCCCAAGGAAAGAAUUGCACCCUGCAGUGGUUGGUAGAAGCUGUUACUGGUUCUGAGCCCAAACCAUUAUGCUGCAAACUCUCAGCAAAUCCACAAAUGAACUUCUCAUGCUGUGUCAGUGUCACCAUGGCACCUGCUGCCCUACAGGUCUAUUUUGAAAUAUUUAAUAAUGCGCCAGACUGCCUGGGUAUGAAGAUGCCAUCAUAUCUGGACAGAAGGUGAACCCCAACAUCUUGUUCUGCAGUUCUCAGCAGGGUCCUCCAUCCCCUCUUUACUGUUCUUACUACUUGGUUUUUGGUCUUUUUUCCCUGCCAGCACCGAGCAGGAAAAAAACAGUCCACAUAUUUAAUCUUUAGGGUGCCCUUCUGCACCUUCUGUGAAAGCUUUACCUUUCAAUAGGUCAUCCGUGCCAGCAUAUGAGGGUCACCUUUUCUAUAUCUUUGGAUCCUGGGUAUGUGCCAAACCCCUUACUCCUGAGAAACCCAAACAGCCAAACCCGGCAAGCAGAUCCCAAUUGUGCAAUACUCCGUUAUUUCAGAAGGUCCCUUUGACGCGAGGCCACGUCUCAGUGGUUCAGUAUCUGGCUUGCCUGCGGGUGACCCUGGGUUCAGUCCCUGGUAUCUCUAGUUAGUAGGUCACCUGAAAGACUCUGCCAGUCAGAGUAUGUAGCAUUGUCCUUGGCAGACCAAUCGUCUGACUCGGCAUAUAGAAGCUUCUCUUAGUCAAGAAGAGCCGAUGUUCCCUCGCGGUGCCUCCACUCUGCGCUUGAAGCACUCUCCUUUCCAGCCCUUCGCUCAGCUGGUUUCUUAAUGUGUGUGGUGUCUUGGCCAGCCUAAUGGCUCGCUGAUGAGCUUCCCCUGUAAGGCCUGCCUCUGGGUACGUUUUGUGGUUGGCUGCUCCCACUCUUUGCUGCUGGAGUCUGAGGAAGAGGCUGAGCGAUACCUUCUACCCUGGCUCAUGGAGCUUUAUCCAGUGGUGAAUCUGUUCCCCUUUUUUCUCAGCUAUGGACCUCAGUGUCCAUAGCUCAGCAGUGAUCACAAUCAGGCCCACUAACAGGGCUACACUUAUACUGUCUUCGUUGGGCAUAGGCCUGUGAUGUGGGUCCUUACCACGCCCUGUCUCCCUUGGUUUGUGUGCAGUAGGUCUGCAGCACGCAUCCUUGCCGGAACCUGGCAGCUUUAGUAGGCUUGGGGCAAGUUCUUCCUUUUUAUCUUUCAUACAGGGUAUGAUCAUUAUUGUAAAACAAUGUGCUCAAAAGAUUGUAGAGUACACACUAACGUACAGUAUGCAUACUACUGUACUGUAUUGUACUCCCUACAGGAGCUGGAGGGUGUUUUUUCCCCCACUGCGGUGUGGUCUGCUCUUUCCUUGUCACUAGGGCCAGUAUAAACACAUGGCAGGGCCAGGCGGUUGCCGGGGCCUGUGGCUUCUGGCGGGGCCCACUGACUCCAUACUCCUGCAUCUCCUUUGGCACCUGCACUCACACUCCCCCCCGCCCCCCCGCCUGCUUGCAAAUGCUCUGUUACCUCUGCUCCCAGCUGCAUACGGCACUGCUGGAGAAAGGCAUGUGAGUGAGGCACAGAGCAUCGGCAUUUCUGGUGGCCAUGGCAGGAGCACUCCUAGCCGCACCCACCACCCAGCACCGUUGGGGAAGGCACAUGCAGACAGUGUGGGUGGCGGUGACUGCAGGGGGUGGGAGAGCUUGCGAGUAGGCAAAGGAUGGACACACACACAGGUGGGGGCACAUGGGUGGCAGGGCAAGAAGGGGAGCCUAGUAGUGGGCAUAAGGGUCCCCUGACACUUUCUGCCCAGGCCCCCCCCCCCACAAAAACCUGGCACUUGCCCUGCUCACUACCACCAUCUUUUCUUCUGUAAACAUUAGCAGUGAUUAUUCCAGUAGGUUGUCAGCUUUUUUAAAAAAAAAAACCUUCACGAACCUGGUAUGUUUUAUUUUUUUAAAAGCUAGUCUGUAGUGUUUGUUUUCUAUUUGUGACACUGCUCCUAGUGGUGGUGAGGAGCACCUUUGUGAUUGUCAUAAGGGUAAGCAAAUCUGUAUUAUGCACAGAUAUCUGGGGAGGGAGAAGGCUUUAUGACUGACCAGCCAAUCAGCACCUUACACAGCUGACCUCUUCUGGAAUUAGGAAGAAAUGGUUGUUCCUGGGCUCAGUUCUGUGAACGAGGUUGUUACGCAUGUGACCAAAAAAAUGUGCAGAUCCGCAGCAAGCUUGCUGAUAGACACUUGUCUGCAUCCUCUGAAAGCCGAGAAGGGAGCUUGCAGGGCCAUCUCUAACAUACUGCUCAGAAUUAGUUGUCCUGAAAUUAAUUGCUCGGAACAGUGGGUGACCAAAUGCUGAGAACCUUGCAGUUAGUUGGCCCGUAUGACUUGCGCAAACGUGGGAAAAGUAAAUUAUCAAAACAGAUUGUUUAAAAAACAAAUGCACAGUAAUCAGUUGUGUGGUGCCAUUACCGGUAACAAGCUGCUAAAUACCCAUCUGAAAGGCUUGGGUUGUGUUGGGUGAUUUGCUCCUUGCCAAACCCUCUUAGAGCUAGAGAAAAGGUGGUAAUUAGACCAACCACAUGUUCAUCUUCCCUUUUAUUAAUUAUCAGUUAGUUAUUAAUAUUAAUUAAAUUUAUUAAAUUUAACAUUAAUUCAGUAUGGUACCAUCUUCCUAACUUCCCUUCCAAAAUAGUGUCCAGAUACAACUAUGCAAGAUAGCUAUGAUGCGUAGAAACCCAGCUAAGACUAGAAGUGUUGAUAAAUGGACAGGAGAUCCUCUCAAACUUGAAGGUAUGAUUCACAGCAGAUCUUAUACUUACUGAUUCGAUCAGUGAGGCUGCCACUAUCAACCACUCCUUUUCUUUAGCCUCCGUUUCACCUGGAAGCCACCAUCCAUCUGCUGGGCGCUCAUUCUGGAAGCAGGUAAAACUAAUACUAUGCCUUUGCCAAGACUGGACUCCUCUUUAAGCCCAAGGGACAGAUGACAGUGGAAACAAACCUUGCGAAACCAAGUAAAUGAAAAACUAGUGUGGGAAAUACUAAUUUUUUCAGUUGUUCCCUGUCCCCACCCCCUUUGCUCAGUGCAAAAUCAGCCAUAAAUACUCUGCUGCCAGAAGGCAAGAAAUGGUGCUUUUAGUGACCUGGUGUCUGUAUAAAACAGAAAAAAUUGGAAAUGCCUUCCCCUUGCACAUGUAUCUGUUGAAUGGGUAACAAGAGGCUAGGAUGAUACUGCUGAAUAUACUCCAAGACAUUCAGGCCUGAACCAGAAGGGGACUGUUUUGCAGCAUUAAAAUGUAAGACAAGCAGAGGCUAACCUCUGCAUCGGCUUUGGAGAAACUGGUGAUCUAAUGGCUACCCGAGCUGCUAAUGGUGCUGUGCAGAUAUUUAUGCUACAAAGAAGAACUCAGAGAGCUCAAGAAAAGCCAGAUAAUACUGCAGCUGAGAGAGAAUGUACCUAGCAUGCCCUGGAGCCAGAAGCAGAGAUCCAUCUGCCAGAAAUUAUAACAGUCUCCUUGUCUGCUUAUUAGGCCACCAAAUCUUACCAACAGUUAGGAUGCCUGAACAACAGAUCUAAGGAGGCCGAUGUCCCCAUUGUAACAGGAUCAGUAACCAGUUGAUCGAUCAGUUUCAGAACCCGUUGGAAUAGACAACGGUCCUUUGAUCCUUUUCACGCAACUGACUGUAUCGGUUGAGGAAGAGUUCCCAGCCUCUGGGAAGAGGGAAAUUGUGGUGUGGAGAAUUUUCCUGAUACAGCCGCUGGCAGGACUUUGUUAAAGCAAACCUUCCGGAUUCCCAGUUGGUUGUCAGCCUCCUGCUACAUAGGUAUUAAGGAAGGCUUAAUGCAAGGAACACAUUUAUUUAACAGAAUUGUUUAGCUUGUUUCUGUAUUUAAAAAAUCCAAAGCUGAAUGAUAUUACAGGUUGUCAACCAGUUCAGGAACUUUCAGUGCUAUCCUAAGCUACAAGCCCCAGGCUCAGACUUACCUGGGGCCUUGAUUGGGAGAUGGGGGGGGCAUGGCAGAGGGUGGCUGCCUUCAUCCCAGGGCCCAGGAGUCUCUGCGGGGCUGCAUGAGCAGCCCCAGAUUCAAAAUGCUCAGCCAGCCAAUCAUCCUUGUGCCAGCUGGGUUUGGGGGGCGGGACCUGGCUGGCAGAGGUCUUCCCUCUGGUCUGCCUGCUGGGCAUUUAUGAGUGUGUGGCUGGGCCACCCGCAUUUUGCCCUUGCUCCGACUUCAAAGACCAUUGAAGUAAAUGGGCUUAGAAGGGUUGCUGUCAGAGUCUUACAAUGCAAUCAACUUGUUUGAGUUUAAUCUCUUGAGUUGAUAUUUAAAAUGUUCUAUAGGUAGGAUCUGGCAUACUACAUAUUUAAGUCUCUGACCUUACUAAUUUCCUCAUUCGUGUGUGUGUGUGUUUGUGUUUGUAGGUAGGAGGAGUUAUUUACAUAAUGUCAAAAAACCAGUAAAAUAAGCUUCCCAUACAGUGGCAGGAGAUUAUCCCCCCACCCCCACCCCACCCACCCCCCACACACACACACUGAUGCCCAUCUCACUAGAUUCAUAGGGGUGGGGGGGGUCAAUCUUUCCGUCUUCCUCAGAAGCUCCUCUCAGAUCUACUCGGUGUGCCCUCCAAACAACAGGGUAGCUGAUCAGCUUGGCUCCCGUUUUCCAUCCGGCCUAUUGAUUCUCGGAGCAGCCCUUCUUUCUCCUCCCUUUUCUUCACUGAGCCAUAGUUUAAAUACAGUUCAUUGCUAAUACUUGGCUCCCUGAGGCCUCUGUUGUAAUUCCCUGGGGGUUUUUUUUAACCAUGCAUUGGCAUUCAGCAUCUCAUAUAUUUUACAGAGAGAAGAAUAACAAAAAAAUGCCUGUUAAUAAGAGAGUAUGUUUUGUUUCACUUUUUCAGAUGAAGUGAAGAUCUAACACAAAGUUCAGUUGUAGUGCAUUUGUAACCUAAUUCAUUAACUGGCAUUUUCUAGUUCUUGUUGUUGCAAAGUACAUUUAAUGAAUCAGCAAAGAGUCUAUGAGUCUGCUUUUUGAAGUGUUAUCCGGAAGCUGGCUCCUCUGAAAGCUGCAUAUUUAGAUGGUUGACGAAGCUGACCUAGAGAGUCUGUUGUCUGGCAGGCUGUUCAGGGACUUUUGACUUCACAGAAGCAAAGAUUUCAGAACAAAAGUUCUGAAAGGUUUGUAACAAGCUCUGAUCCUUUGCUUUUCAAAUAGUUUAUGGACUUGUGUUAUAGCAUAAAGCUAUAUACGGUCUACGUUUUUUGUACAUAAUCAUAAUCCGAACUAUAGCACUGCAAAUUUCUUUAAACAUAGCAAUUGCAAUGCAGAGCACUUUUGCCAUGGCAUGUGCAAGACCUGUGCUCUGAGCUCUUACUUUUCUUCUCUUAAGUACCGUAUCUAUCAACAAGGCUGGGUAUACUUACCUAAACUGUUCUCAACGCUAGCACUUUAAGUACUUGUAGCCACUUUUCUGAUUAUAUGGAGCACUGCACUUUUAUAAAUACUACUAGCACUGAAUUUUUAAAUGUGUUCUCCCCCUGCUCUGCCCCAUUCUUUGUGUAGUCUUUACAGGGUGUAUGUUUGAAAUAGGUGGUGGCUGUCUGAAGGUAGCUUUUCAUGCAUGUGGCCACUGCCUGGUGCCUAACUUUUACUUAACUUAUAUCUUUUAGGGAUUUUGUAAAUUGCUGAAAGUAGAGAGAAAUUCAAACUAUAUUUUAUAACUUUAAAAAAAUCCUAAAUAGCGGACAUCUAAACAAAUCUGAUCUAAAAUACAAAAAGCAAGCAACCCUUGUACCCAUCACACAUCCACAGGCUUUCGAAAACACCAAAGAUCAGGAAAAACUUUGAAAAUGGACAAAAACAGCACAAAAGUGUAUUUGCAUUAUACCGACGGCAGAGUAGAAAAUAAUAUGGUUUCAAAUAUAUAUUUCUGUACACACAACUUUUCAUAAUGGGGGGUUUUACCAGGGGGAUUUUA